CUUUCACAUACUCAAUACUGACACCGCCGCCGACGACAUUGUACGUCUCCCAAAUUCCUGUCCAGCCUGCUGCUGACCUUCUACUCAAGAACUCAAGAUGCCUCACUCAUUCGGUUACCGUGCGCGUACGCGCGAUAUGUUCAAGCGGGGCUUCAAGGACCACGGCCCCGUCAAGUUGUCGACAUUCCUCAUUAACUACCGCAUUGGUGAUUUCGUCGACAUCAAGGCCAACGCCGCCCAACAAAAGGGCAUGCCUCACAAAUACUACCACGGACGGACUGGCAUUGUCUACAAUGUCACUCCCCACGCCGUCGGUGUCAUUGUCUACAAGGUUGUUGGCAACCGCUACAUCGAGAAGCGGGUGAACCUCCGUGUUGAACACGUGAAGCACUCGAAAUGCCGGCAGGAAUUCUUGGACAGGGUGAAGCGGAACCAUGAUGCACAUGCCGCAGCAAAAGCCAAGGGUGAGCGUAUCUCGCUGAAGCGUGUCCACGCUCUCCCUCGGGAGGCACGCACCGUCUCGAUCGCCCAAAACACGCCGCAAACGAUGACGCCCGUCCGUUACGAGACUACCAUUUAAAUGGGAUGUAUUCGUUUUGCUACUCAUAUGAGGUUUCCACUAUGCAUCGUAUACUACUGUCAUGCUCCCAUGCAAUCAUGACUUGAACGCAACUUCACGGAUGACUAUUACCGCAUCAUCCCUCUGACAC